AUGGCGGGCAACAGCAUCCCCUCACGACAGCCAGCGGCCAGGGUGGGAGGCCAGCGGCGUCGUUUGUCUCGCGCUCCCCCACGUAACGCGGUGCCCAGGUCACAGACUUUGCCUGUCCUUGAUGCUGGUAGUGAGUCUGGCGCAUCCCAUGCAGACUCAGAGUCAGAGCCACAUGGACAUGCCGCUGCCACCCAUGCUCAGGAAGGCGCGAACGUCCUCCCGGCCUCGCAGUCCAUGGCGAACUUCCAUGAUUCGCGCCCUCGCGAUCACUCUCCUGUCCCGACUACCGGAAGCGCUUCGAGCGCGACUACUGACAUCAAGACCAAGCAUAGUCUGCUCUCUGUUAACACGUCUCGCAAGCAGAGUCCUCUUGUGACCUCCCCACUGCCGCCGGCUACGCCCACGAAGGCUCAGAGGGUCCUCGGUACUCUCGAUGAGACCGCGUUCAAGAACUUCAUUGCUGACGACGAGAAUGAAGCUCCCAAACCGACCGGCUUCUGGGGCACCAGCAUGAAGACUGCCAAGAAAAUGUUGCUCUCCCCAGCCCGUUCCCGCCACCAGCCCGAUCCCUACACGCUGACUCUGCCGCCGAACACCACUGCUUCGAGGCCCGAGGAGCUAGAGACUAAUUUUGUUGAUAGGAUCGGUAUGGUCGAGACAGGCCGCCCGAUGCAGUACGCCCCCGACUCGAAUGCUUGCUCAGGCUCUGAAGAUGCCGCCCUUCGUCAACGACCGCACCCUAAGACUGUCAACAAGCACUUGGCGCAGAAAGACAAGAUUGAUAGGCUGACGCCGAUCACGGAGGCUUCGCGUGAUAGCUUGAGCACUGCUUACCGUGGCGGCGAGAGCAACACGGAGCUCGAUGUCAUCGACGAAUACACUGACCAGUACCGCCCGUACAGCCGCCAAGGCCUUCCUCAACGUCUUGACUCUCUCAAGCCCAUUAAGACUAGCGGACUCUAUGAGCUAGGCCCAGAGGAUGUGUCUCCUAUUGAUGAUGGCAGCGAGCGUCGUCUUCAGCUUGCGGAUGAAGGAGAAGAGGUCGACGCGCAUUCAGCUACUCCCGUCGAGACAAAGGCGCAGCAGCCAGGUGUGGUUCAACGUCGCAGUCCGCUCCAAGUUGUCGAAGACCGCUUCCUCGACGUCGCUGAAGCAGAACUCGAAGCCAAGAAGCGCGUCGCAAAGCUCGCAGCCAAGAAACGCAUCGCCGAGCUCGAAGCUAAGAAAUACGCAGCGGAGCUUGAAGUCAAGAAGUACGAUGCAGAGCUCAAAGUCCUGAAGUACAACGCAGAGCUCGAAGCUGCGAAGCUCGACUCACCCAAGGAAGACAUGUUCGCGGUGCACGGCACGCCCAUCGCGCUCAGCAAGGCGAAGCUGCUUCCUGCCAUUCAAGGUCAAGAUCUCACGCCGUUCGAGAUUGAGCUCGAGAGGAUCCGCCAACAGUGCGAUGACCAUGAUGCUACCAGGAAGGCCAUGGAUGCCAAAGUUGCCGGCAUGUAUCUGAGCCAUCAAGCUUUCAAGAAGGAGUUUGAGCCAUUCGCGGCUCGUGUUCGAGGUGAUGCGGUCGCCGAAGAAGUUGAAGAGGAAGACGAUGAUGAUGACGAUCUCGUCUCCAUUUCCAGUAGCAUCGACCUGGACGAGGAGCCGACCCUCCAUGUCGCCACCGCUAUGACCAUCACCCGGGUCACUCCGGGUAUGGUCAAGCUCAUCGACAUUCCUCCCCGGAGGAACAAGAAGGCGGCGGAGAAAGAGAAGGAGGAGAUGAAGGCGAGUCCUGAUCAUCCUCAGGGUCUAUAG